AUGUCGGAAGAUUCGCCUCGGAAAACCGUUCAACGCAAAAAUGCUGAUCAGCGGCACCAAUCUUAUUCCCUAAAAGCGUCAGGGGAUUCAGCUCCAGAAAAAAAAGCGCGAUCAAAAAGCAAAAUUAGAAUACCAAAAAGAUUACGCUACGACUUGGAAAAUGCUUUAGUGGGACUAUGUGAUAUCUGGUUUGAAGAAAUUAAGCCAUAUUUAGUGAGAAAUAAUAUAAAAUUACACGUACACGACGAUAAAGGCGGUGGCAGCGGUGACCGCGGUGAAGUACCCAGCACAUUCAAGUGCUCCCACCUCGAUCCAGCAUCAUCGUCACACGAAUGCGAACUUUGCAAGCUGCUGUUCAACGCAGCCAACAGUAUUGAAAGCGCACUGUCGCAAGCAGCCACUAUCACAGCUGUCCCAGGAGGUUGCCCAAACACGGGUAUGGCGAGGAUUCAAAAUUGUUUGACGUUUUUUUUAGUAUCCUUAUUAUCAGAGCUAGAGGUUAGUUAUUGCAAUAACUGCAAAAAAGAGAGGGCGCGAAAGCCGCGUAAGCGGCGAAAGUGCCAACAAACACAGUUGCGGCAGCCAGUACCGCGCCUCUGUCGUACAUACAGCAUACCGCCUUUAACAUCUCCCACAGAAAAGAUAGCAAACACUUUACAACAAAUAUCUCUUCAGAAUAAUAAAGAUCUCAUUGAUAUAAUUGCCAAAAGACAUGAAAAAAAAUUGGAAUUAUUAUUUACAAGCCCCAGAAAGGACGACUUUCCGUCCAUUAUGAAUUUAUAUGUUCCUCCAAAAGUUAAACGUAAUCCAAGAGAGUUUGAUAAAAUUCCCCCGUGGCGG